AUGACUGCUCUAGAUGUUGAAAAGAGCCAUAGGAGCUCUUUAGUUGAUGUUAAACUGAUUCAAGAUGUUACCAAACUUGCUGACUUAGGAUACAAACAGGAGUUGGAUAGAAACUAUAGUUUUUUAUCUAGUUUUUCUUUUGCAUUAUCUAUUUCUGGGCUCAUGGGUACCAUUUCAAUUACUUUUAUGUAUCCUUUGUGGGCUGGUGGACCAGCAGCAUGUGUAUGGACUUGGUUUGUUGGAAUGAUAGGAUGUCUUUGUAUCGCGUGGUCUGUUGCAGAAAUCACCUCUUGCUUUCCAACGUCAGGAGGAAUGUAUUACACUUUACUGCAUUUAAUGCCCAAAAAAUGGGUUCCUUUGAUGUGUUGGAUAGACGGUUGGCUCUAUCUUGUGGGUGCCAUCACAGGUGCUGCAAGUACUGAUUUCGGUGCUGCAAGUUUGUUAUUGUCGAUUAUUUCUAUGGCAUCUGACUACUCGUAUAUACCGUCUCGGGGCCAUAUUACGGCUGUGGCUAUUUUGGUUAUGAUAACGCAUGGUCUUAUAAAUACCUUACCAGGGUCAGUUUUAGCUAGAAUAACAAAAUGCUACUGUUUCGUGAAUAUUGGUUCAACAAUAGCGUUAAUUAUUCACUUGUUAGUGAAAUGUCCAAAGAUCAAUACCGCUUCUUUCACUUUCACUGAAAUUAUUAAUAACACAGGUUGGGACUCGAAGAACUGGGCCUUUUUGUUUGGCUUCUUGAAUGUCUCUUGGGUUAUGACCAGUUAUGAUGCUACUUCAAGGAUUUCUGAAGAAGUUCAUAAUGCUGCUUUCUAUACACCUUUGGCUAUCGCAUCAGCUUUGACCGUAACAGCACUUUUAGGUUGGGUUUUGGUUAUUGUGUUUACAUUAACUAUGGGAACCAAUAUUAGUAACUUAUUGACGACAUCUACGGGUCAACCAAUUGUGCAAGUGUUUUUGUAUGCCAUGGGAAAAGAAGCUGCAAUAGCUUAUUUAUCGUUGGCAUUUGUCAUCGUAUGGUUCUGUGGCGCGGUUGCUACCUGUUCUGUUUCGAGAGCAUUAUGGUCAUUUUCCCGUGACAGAGGACUUCCUUAUCACAAGUUCUGGUCUUAUGUUAAUCCAACCGUUGACGUUCCUUUGAGAUGUGUUUGGCUUACGGUUCUUAUCAACUGCUUAUUGUCCUUGAUUAACUUGGGGUCUGAGAUUGCAAUGAAUGCCAUUUUUUCCGCAUGUGCAAUUGCUACUGACUGGUCUUAUAUUCUUUGCAUUGCAGCUUUCUUAUUCAAUGCCGAUAGAAUGGGCGUAAAGAGGGGUCCAUUCACUAUGGGUAAAGUAGGUAAACCCGUAAUGGCCUAUGCCUGUGUUUGGACUGUCUUUGUUUCUAUCAUUUUCGUUUUCCCGAACUAUAUGCCCGUUACGCCUGAAGAUAUGAACUACACAGUUGUGAUAUUAGGUUUUGCAUUUAUAGGUGCUGGUUUAUGGUGGGUCAUAGAUGCUCGUAAAUGGUAUCAGGGUCCAGUGGCUACUAUUGAAGAAUCCGAUUCUACUAAUGUCACUGAAUUAGGUUCUCCAGAAGAGUCAGAAAGCUCCAAUUCCAUACUUGAAAAAAACAAAGAAAAAACAUCUGUGACCGAUAUUAAAUAG